AUGGAAGUUUGGAAAAAUAUAAAAUCUAAAUAUAUAUUUGCUUGCAUUUUGAUCACAUUUAUCAUUUCAUGCUUGGUAAAUAUUGCACCUAUAAGUAUUGAUGAAUGUAAAUGUGAAAUAGUUACUCAGUCAAGUCAGUACAAUUAUCAUAAACAAGAGAAUAAUGAUGAUGAAGCUUAUACGAAAUCUUUGCAUCGUUUAGCUAUACUUGUGCCAUUUCGAGAUCGUUUUGAAGAAUUAUUGAUAUUUGCUCCAUAUAUGAAAAAAUUUUUAGAUAAACAAAAUAUAAAUUAUCAUAUAUUUAUACUUAAUCAGGUUGAUAGGUUUAGAUUCAAUAGAGCCUCUCUUAUAAAUGUAGGCUUUCUUGAAAUUUCUCCAGAACUACAUCCUAGAUAUCAUUACCCAACUUUUGUUGGUGGAAUAUUACUUAUUAAAAGAGAACAUUUUAUGCAAGUAAAUGGAAUGUCUAAUAAAUAUUGGGGAUGGGGUCUUGAAGAUGAUGAGUUUUAUGUUAGAUUGAAAGAAGCUGGAUUAACAGUUAUAAGACCACAAAACAUAUCUACUGGAACACAUAACACAUUCAAGCAUGUACAUGAUAGGAAUCAUAGGAAACGAGAUAUGAUCAAAUGUUAUAAUCAACGUGAAGUUACUCGAAAACGAGACCGUCAAACUGGCUUAAAUAAUGUUUCUUACAAAAUGUUAGGUACAAUUAAAAUGACUAUUGGGGAUACUCCAUUAACCGUCCUUAAUAUUUCUUUAAUGUGCGAUAAAAUAAAUACACCUUGGUGCGAAUGUGAUAAAAUAAUUAGUUCUAAGGAUGGAAAAUCAAAGGAAAAAAAGAAGGUCAAUAAUAAGUCUACCACUAGAUUGUAA